UUCAAUUUUCAAUCAUGCUGGAAUUAAUCCAUGCCUUCCUCAACCUAACAGCUCCCCCAUUCACCUACUUCUGUCUCAUGCUUUUCCUCCCACCUUUCCAAAUCUUCAAGUUCUUCCUCUCCAUCUUGGGCGCCCUUUUCAGCGAAGACAUCGCCGGCAAGGUCGUCGUCAUCACCGGCGCCUCCUCCGGCAUCGGCGAAAGCCUUGCAUACGAGUAUGCGAAAAGAGGGGCGUGCUUAGUUCUCGCGGCGAGGAGAGAGAGAAGCCUCCAGGAGGUGGCGGAUACGGCGCGCUAUCUGGGAUCACCGGAGGCCAUUGUCGUUCGCGCUGAUGUAUCCAAGGUCGAUGACUGUAGGAGGGUUGUUGAUCAAACCAUGAGUCAUUUUGGAAGACUGGAUCACCUGGUUAAUAACGCUGGAGUGAUGUCAGUUGCGCUGCUGGAAGAAGUCGAUGAUGUUACUGAUUUCAGAGCAAUUAUGGAUGUGAACUUCUGGGGAUCAGUGUACAUGACUCGAUUUGCUGCCCCUUACCUGAGGCACAGCAGAGGCCGAGUCGUCGUGAUGUCCUCUUCUGCGUCGUGGCUGCCUGCGCCGAGGAUGAGUUUCUACAAUGCGAGCAAAGCCGCAAUGUCACAAUUUUUUGAGACGCUGCGAGUGGAAUUCGGGCCGGACAUAGGAAUAACCCUGGUUACGCCCGGAUUCAUAGAGUCCGAACUCACACAGGGGAAAUUCUUGACCAAGGGUGGUAGGCUUGAGGUUGAUCAGGACAUGAGAGAUGUGCAAGUGAGCAUGAUUCCGAUAGAGAGGGCGGAUAAGUGUGCCAAGUCGAUCGUGAGGAGCGCGGUGCGUGGGGAGAGGUAUCUGACGGAGCCGAAAUGGUUCAGGAUGAGCUACCUGAUGAAGGUAUUCUGCCCGGAGGUGUUGGAGUGGAUGUACAGAGUGUUGUACAUUGCUAGCCCGGCGCUCAGCAAAAAGAUGGUGGACUAUACCGGAGCUAAGACUCUGCUCUAUCCGGAGUCUGUUCACGUGGCUGAUCCUAGGAGGGAGUAGGUGCCCGUUUUCUUCUAGUAGAUUAUGUUUUUCAAUAAUAUUGGGACCAUGUAUUUUGAGUUUUGAAGGCGUAUGCAUAUAUUCUAUGGCCAUGCUUUAGUUGCCAAUUCAUGCUUGGAUUGAAACACUGAACACAGCACUAAUUAAGCAACCUUUCUGAACCCCUAAAAUGGAUAUAUGGAUGAAAAAUGAAAGAUACUCGCAAUCUAUGCUAUAUACUGAUUACUGAAACAUUAGACAUCCAUAUACAGGGUAAUUAAA